UCCAAAAUGGCGCCUGCGUGUGACGAAGAAGAAGAGUAGCUUCCCUAACCAAAGAUUAGGGCAGAAACUGUCAGUUUGUUUGUCGAAAUUGGGGAAAAAUAAUCCAAUUCUCGAUGGGAAUAUGAAGAAGGAACGCACAGCCGACGUCCCUCGGCCAUUUAAAACAGCCCACCAGAUAGUCUCUCUGACGGGCAUCUCCUUCCAACGGAAGAGCAUAAUUGGUUUCGUGGAGUUGACAAUUGUCCCCCUACGUGAUCGCCUCUUGAAGAUUCGCUUGAAUGCACGACAAUGCCGGAUCUAUCGUGUCUGUCUCAACGACACCCUGGAGGCCCCCUUCCAAUACUUCGAUCCCUUUCUGGACAUCUGCCAGGGAGACGAGAAGCAACGCUCUCUAGAGUUCUUCUCUACAAUGCAUUUGGCAGCAGCACAAAAAGUUGACCCUGACAAUAACUCCGGGGAGCUCCUGAUAACGAUGCCCGAGGGUUCGGAGAGCCUCGUCCAGAUUAAUCAGAAGCUUCGAAUAGGGAUAGAGUUCUCCCUGGAGCAGCCUCAGGGUGGUGUUCACUUUGUCGUGCCGAAUUGCGAGGGGAGUCUGGCUGAGAGAGGUGCACACAUGUACACCUACAGCUACGAGAACUCAUCGAGACUCUGGUUUCCCUGCAUCGACAGCUUUGCCGAGCCCUGCACCUGGAAGCUGGAGUUCACAGUUGACGAGACGAUGACUGCUGUAUCCUGUGGAGAUCUCGUGGAGGUUGUUUACACUCCUGACAUGAGAAGAAAGACAUUUCACUAUGUUUUGAACACACCGGCUUGUGCUCCGAACAUUGCCCUGGCGGUGGGACCUUUUGAGAUCUUCGUGGACCCAUACAUGCACGAGGUCACCCACUUUUGCCUACCUCAACUACUGCCUUCGCUGAAGGUCUCAGCUAAGUACAUGCACGAGGCUUUCGAGUUCUACGAGGAGACGCUGUCCAACAGAUAUCCUUAUUCUUGUUACAAACAGGUGUUCGUCGAUGAAAUAGACGAGGACAUAAACGCCUACGCCACGAUGUCAAUCCUCAACACAAACCUCCUCCACUCCCCUGCAAUAAUAGAUCAGGUGUACAUCACAAAAAAAGCCAUGGCGCAAGCAAUUGCUGAGCAAUUCUACGGCUGCUUCAUCUCAAUGCAGAACUGGUCAGACACGUGGCUGCCCAAGGGUAUCUCCACAUACCUGACAGGUCUCUAUGCGAAGAAGUGCUUCGGCAACAACGAAUACCGUGAAUGGAUACACGCCGAGAUGCAGGAGGUAGUCAAGUAUGAGGAGCAAUUUGGCGGAAUAAUUCUCGAUUCCUCUCAACCCCCAGCUCCCCUCCCAAUCGCCGCCAACACUCCAGCCCCAGCUCCCCGUACUCCCGAUCCUGGUUUCUACUUUCCCAUUCGCAAUCUCCACACCAUGUCCCCUAAGUAUCUCGAGGUCCUUCGCAAGAAGGCGCACCUGGUGAUACGAAUGAUGGAGCACAGGAUAGGACAAGAGCUCCUCCUCCAGGUGCUCAACAAACAGCUGUCUCUUGCGACGAAUGCAGCCCAGCAGAAGAUUGACUCAGGCCUGUGGAGCCACAUGCUCCUAUCCACCAAUGGCUUCACCAAGGCGAUAUUCACAGUCACUGGUAAGGAUAUGGCGGUUUUUGUAGAUCAGUGGGUUCGCACAGGUGGUCACGCCAAGUUCUCCCUGAGCUUUGUGUUCAAUCGAAAGAGAAAUACUGUUGAGGUGGAGAUACGUCAGGACACCGCGAGCUCCAAGGGCAUUAGGAAAUACGUGGGACCGUUGCUGGUGAACAUUCAGGAGUUGGACGGUACGUUCAAGCACACCCUUCAAAUCGAGGGAACAAGCGCCAAGGCGGAUAUCACCUGUCACAGCAAAUCGCGGAGGAACAAGAAGAAAAAAAUUCCCCUGUGCACGGGAGAGGAAGUCGACAUGGAUCUCUCUGCCAUGGACGACUCGCCAGUCCUGUGGAUACGCAUGGAUCCGGAUAUUACUCUGAUGCGAUCAGUUCAAAUUGAACAGCCAGACUACCAGUGGCAGUACCAGCUGCGUCACGAGAGGGAUGUGACUGCCCAGCUGGAGGCAAUCGAGGCACUCCAGCAUCACUCGACGCCGGCCACCAGACUAGCUCUCACUGACACCAUCGAGAACGAGCACUGCUACUAUAAAGUCCGGCUCAGGGCUGCCCAUUGUCUGACUAAAGUAGCCAACGCUAUGGUGGGAACGUGGGCAGGACCACCUGCCAUGUUGGCUAUUUUCAGGAAGCUUUAUGGUUCAGCUGCAUGUCGCAGGAUCAUCAAGCAGAAUAAUUUCUCGAAUUUUCAGCAUUACUUCCUGCAGAAGACUAUUCCAGUUGCCAUGGCGGGCCUCAGAAACGCUCAUGGCAUCUGUCAGCCUGAGGUCUUGGCAUUUCUCAUGGAUUUAUUCAAGUACAAUGAUAACAGCAAGAACAGGUACUCCGAUAACUAUUACAGGGCUGCACUGCUUGAGGCCCUUGGUGCCACUGUCACACCUGUUAUCAGUGUCCAACAUGGCGCAUCUAUUACAGCUGAGUCACUCUCAGUGGAUACGAAAGCGAUCCUCGAAGAGGUGACGCGCAAUCUCAACCUCGAGAAACUCGUGCCUUGCUACAAGUACACAGUGAGUGUAGCAUGUCUCAAGGUAAUCAGGAUUCUCCAGAAAUUCGGCCAUUUGCCGAGCAAUGCCAACCUGUUCAAGGCCUACGCGGCUUACGGACAGUUCAUUGAGGUAAGAAUAGUGGCCCUCGAGGCCCUCGUGGAUUUCACGAGGGUAGACGGUAAAUGGGAGGAUCUGGAGUUUCUUUUGGACAUGGCUGAGAUGGAUCCACAUCCCGGUAUUAGGCACAAACUCGUCCGACUCAUGGUUGAGAAUCCUCCCUUCGAACGUGCCCACAGGCACAGAUUGGACACACCUGAGUUGGUCGACAGGAUAUGGAAUCUUAUGAAUGGAAUGCUCUCACACGAUUCCAAGCUGCGAUGUGACUUUGUGGACCUUUACUACACACUUUAUGGGACCAAGAGGCCCAACUGCCUGCCGAUACCUGAACUGGCGGGGGUUCUCAAGCCCAGAAAAGUGAGUCCCGAGAGGGAGGAGUCCAAAAUAGUGAAGAAUGCGGUAUUUCCGAAGAAUGACAUCUGCGAAGUGGAGUCGACUUCUGUAGUUGCGAAGCGCAAGGCUUCGCCCAUCAAAGAGGGAGGCGGUGGGCCCGAUGGGGGGGAGAAUGGGCCAGCUGCGAAGAAAUCGAAGCCACAGAGUUCUGAGGCUAAAGGGGGCCCACAGCCUCCUGGGGAGGGCAAGAUCAAGACAGAGUACUACUCCGAUAAUUCAGCGUCACUUCCCGGCCUCAUGGGGAUGGGAUCGCAGGGGCCCGUUGGCUUCGAGCCUGGGAUGUUCAAGAAGGAGGAGGACGGCAAGGGGAAGGGCGAGUCAGGGGGUAAGGGGAAGAAAAAGAAAAAGGACAAGAAGAAGCAUAAGCACAAGCACAAACACAAGCAUGACCAUAAACAUGGCAAGGAGAAGGAGAAAGAAAAGGAAAAGGAGAAGGAGAAGAAGGAUAAGGGGAAGGAGAAGGGCAAGGAUAAGGAGAAGGACACACUGAAGGUUAAGGAGGAGACGUUGAGCUCGGUUAGCUCGAGCCCCAGUCCUGAACCGGGCAAUGCAAAGGAUUAUGGCGUUUUGUAAAUCGCAAAAAUGUUAUCGCAGAAGUGCCGUUUAUUUGUACAUAUUAAUAGAAAUGUUUUUUAAUAAUAAAAAAUGAUUGAAUUUUUAA